AUGUCCUAUGCUACCAUCAUGCUGAAUCUACUUGGGCCCACGCAACCGGGUUGGAUAUAUGAAAUCCAACCCACUCCCAACAUGAUAGACAUGGACAGCUCCGACCUGAACCUCCCUCACCCCGGAGAAAACGAAGGGGAGUUCUCGGCCAUGGGAGGCAUACGAUGGGACCAAGUCAGGGCCUACAUGUACUGCCCGUUGAACCUAACCUUCGGGCCGGACAUGGUCGGCAAUUGGAGAGUGUUCCACGACGCUGCCCCCUUCUUGGAGAAGUAUCCUGAUCAGUCGUUUACUCCGAACCCCCAAUACAACGCCGCCUACGACGCGUUCAAGCCCAGUCCCGGCCAGCCGCAGCUUGCGGGAAGCGACAUGACGUACUGGGGGGUCGGCAGCGACUCGUACCAAGGCAAGUCGCUGGAGCAGUGGGCCAUCUUGUUUAUGAAUGACUAUGGUGAACCAGUGGGCUGGACCGGGAGCUUUCCGUUGAAACUCACGGCCCCUGUGUCCCUUCCCUCGAAGAAGCCCGUCUGCAGUCCUUCUCGGGGGGUUCGACCCAACUUGGCCUAG